AUCUCCAGCUCCGACCCUUGGCCCUUCUCUUCCUAACCCUCACAACUCCCCUAGCUAGCUCCCUCUCCGGCCCAUCGAUCUUCUCCUUUCACCGCAUCCAAGAGAGAGCUCCGUCUCGUCCUCGCUUUUCCUUCCGAUGCCGCACAGAGCAGAGAUGGUGGCGCCCAAGGGGUGCGUGACGGUGCCCGUGGGCGCCGACGGCGAGGAGCAGCGCCGCUUCGCGGUCCCGCUGGGCCACCUCAGCCACCCGCUCUUCGCGGCGCUCCUCGAUGAGGCGGAGCGCGAGUACGGCUUCCGGCACCCGGGCGCCAUCGCCAUCCCCUGCCGCGUCGACCGCUUCGUCCAGGUCGAGAGCGUCAUCGACCGCGACCUCGGCGAGCACCACCACCAACACCUCGUCGAUCUCGACAACUGCGGCGCCACCGUCACCGGCAGCCACAACCACAGCCACAUACACCUGCCGCGCUUCGUCGGCUGCUUUCGCGACUAGUGAACUUUCCUCGAUGGGACAGACCCAACCACAGAUUGAGGCGCUCGAUGGUUCCAAUUCUUGAUCUUUGUUGUUUACGGUCAAUUCGUU